CUUUUUAAACUUUGGAUCCCGGUCCUGCAGCGUUUGGAGGUGCCCGGAAGGCCAGGAGAGAGCCUGGGGCUCGCACGCUCUAGUGCAACCCAUUUAUCCCAACCAGGCAAUCCGGGUUGCUUUAUACUGACCCCCUUCCUGCUUGACUGGGGUUGGCCGGCCCCUAGGGAGCGGAGGAGGAGGGGACCGACUCGGACAGAAAGAACUAACUUGCGCUCUCCUGAACAGCUGUUGCGGAAGCUCAGAGGAGGAGCAGGGAGGAGGCGAGAAUGGUGGGGGGGUAUCUGGGUGGCUUAAUGGAUUGAGAAAGCCAGGCCUAGAGACGGGAGGUCCUAAGUUCAAAUCUGGCCUCUGCCACUUCUCAGCUGUGUGAACCUGGGCAAGUCACUUGAUCCCCAUUGAUGGCCCUUACUGCUCUUCUUCCUUGGAACCAAUACAUAGUAUUGAUUUAAAGAUGGAAGAUGACAUCACCUUAAUUCUUCAAGGAAGCUGGCUCAGAAACAUGGUCAGGUGAUAUGAUUAUUGACAAAGGGGUGUAGCCUUUAUAUGGAUUGUUGUUCUUCAUAAAUUUUAUCAUCUAGGGAAUCCAUUAUAUAUAAUCUAUCUCAACUGGAUCCCUCCCCAAGGAGAGCAAGAAGCUACAGAAAACUGGAGGAGUAAAUGUCCUGAAGAGCUCUCAGUAUGAAGAAUUGAACUUGUCCUCAAAGCAGGCUCUUUGUGGAGUGCAGAAGGGAGUGCAGAAGGAACUGGGUUCAAAAUCCUGCCUUUGCCAUUUCAGUGUGAUGGCAAUUUUAUACCAGAAAUUAGAGAGCAAGAAGAAAGAAUUUUCUAGUCAUGGGACAGUAGGUUGUGGAAUAGAUCCCAGAUCCAGGAGCAGAGCUGGACAGUGCACAGUGUGAACUGAUAGUAUGGCUGCUCCUGAAAAGAGAGCAAUCAAAGGAUCACGGAAAGCCCGAUUUGGACUUAAGGGGAGUGAGGUCAAUACGAAGGCCCCAGAGGAUGCACAGUGGAGUGAGACAAGAGAACAAGACCCAGGCAAGCUGGACAUGUUGAAGAAAGCUCAGGAGUUCUUCCAAACCUGUGACACAGAGGGCAAAGGCUUCAUCGCCAGGAAGGACAUGCAGCGGCUUCACAAUGAAUUACCUCUCAGCUUGGAGGAUCUGGAGGAUGUGUUUGAUACCCUGGAUGCUGAUGGAAAUGGCUUCCUGACACCAGAGGAGUUCACCUGUGGAUUUAGUCAUUUCUUUUUUAGCCAAAAAAGCUCUAAUGAUGAAGAGGGGGCCCAGGCCCAGGAGGAGAAAGUCUAUCAGUCCAGGUGGGAAGAGGUGAUUGACAGCAGGGAUGAAGAUGAGGAGGACCAGUUCCACAUGCUAAUGGAUAAACUUGGAGCACAGAAGGUUUUACAAGAUGAAAGUGAUAUUAAGCAACUUUGGGUGCAACUGAAGAAGGAUGAGCCUCACUUACUGUCCAACUUUGAAGAGUUUCUCUCUAGAAUAUUCUACCAGCUCCAAGAAGCCCACAAGGAAAAGGAUGAACUAGAGUGUGCUCUGAAAAAGAAAAUUGCCACAUAUGAUGAAGAAGUUCAGAAUCUGUAUGAGGAAAUGGAGCAACAGAUAAAAAAUGAGAAGGAACAGUUUCUACUAAAGGAUAUGAAGAGAUUUCAGUGCCAGAGUCAGGAGCUGGAACAGAAAUUGAUAUCAAAGGAACAGGAGCUGGAGCAACUUGUCCAGAAGCAGAAACGGCUGGAAGGUCAGUGCAUGGCCCUCAACAACGACAAGCAUGAAACCAAAGCAGAGAACACUAAACUUAAGCUCACCAACCAGGAGCUGGCCAAAGAACUGGAGAGGACCUCAAGUGAGCUCCAACAUGCCCAGCUGCAGCUAGAGAGCCUUCAGAAAGAGGCCUGCAAGCUGCAAGAGGAGAAGGAGAUGGAAGUAUACCGUGUGACAGAAAGUUUACAGAGGGAAAAGUCAGGACUUUUGAAGCAACUGGAUUUCCUGAGGGAAAGAAACAAGCACCUUCGGGAUGAACGGGACAUUUGUUUGCAGAAUGAUAAAGCAGCAACUACAUCAAAAGCAAGCAGGAAGCAAAGAUCUGGCUCUAUCAUAGGAAAAUAUGUGGAUGGAAAAGGUCCCAUUAGAUGCCAGUCAAUUGAAGAGGAAGAUGUGUUCAGUAUACCAAGAAGGAGAAGCUCCAUUGGCCUGAAUGGAAUCACAGAUGGUGACCUUGGGGCCAGUGGGCCAUCUCUUCGGACUCUCAGGAGGAUUAUCUCCAUUGAGGAAGAUCCCCUGCCUCAGUUCCUAGAUGAGUACUCUGAGAGACAACUGAGUAGACUUCCGGAGGCAGAGGAGAGCAUUAGGCAGCACCAAGAGGAAAAGAACCAGCAAGCACCAUCCUUGGAAUCCACAUUGGCAUCUCCUCGAGAGCAGCCAGUAGGAAAAGAAACAGUCGUCCAUGAGGAGAGCUCUGCCACCUCCCCAGAUCGACUUUUCAAGAUUGUGUUUGUGGGCAAUUCUAGCGUGGGGAAGACGUCUUUUCUGAGAAGGUUUUGUGAAGACCGAUUUUGCCCAGGCACUGCAGCCACUGUUGGGCUAGAUUACCAUGUGAAGACAGUGAGAGUGGACAAAUCCCAGGUAGCCUUGCAGCUGUGGGACACAGCUGGGCAAGAGAGGUAUCGCUGCAUCACCCAACAGUUCUUCCGCAAGGCAGAUGGUGUCAUCGUGAUAUACGACAUCACAGCCAAGCAGACAUUCAUGUCCAUCCGCCAGUGGCUGACAAGUGUUGAGGAAGCUGUGGGAGAGAACAUUCCCAUCCUCCUUCUGGGAAAUAAAGUUGACAAUGAAAAAGAAAGAGAAGUCCCCCAGGGACAUGGAGAACGGCUUGCCAAGGAUAAUGAUUUGAUCUUCUAUGAAUGUAGCGCAUAUUCGGGCCAUAAUGUCAAAGAAUCUCUACUUCACCUUGCCAGGAUCCUCAAGGAACAAGAAGACACUGUGAGAGAGAAUAUUGUCCAGGUCCACCUUCAACCUAAGAAAAAGGCCUGCUGUGGCCAGCCAUAGAGAAACCCAAACUGUGCUUGGAGAUCUCAUAUCAGGUCCUGAACGCAAGUUCUUUGCUGAAACUUCCAGCCAAGAUGUACCCAGAGCUCGAUUCAUUUUAAUGACUCAUUCUUCCUUUUUAGGACAGCCUAAGCUCGAGGAAACUUUUGUUAGACCCAAUGGGUAUACAUUUUCCCCUUUCCUCUUCCUCAACCCCAGAUGUCCAUUUUAAAAACCUGGUUUCCUAUGGUGAGAAAGUGAAGAAGACUAGGGAGAGGAAAGACAGGUCUAGCAAAGCACUGUGUGCCUUUCUACAUAUCCCUUUUUCUUCCCCAACCCAGGACAUCCUCAAAAUUAUAAUGGCCCUGGCAUUUUUUUAUAGAUUUGCUGCUUUUUUGAAAAGCAAUUUGAGCUCUCUUCAUUAGGAGAUUGAACUUUCUCUGUAAGCACUUCCUAGGUCUUGAUUUUAUUCAUCUAUGUUAAAAUUAUUUUAUUCAACAAACAUUUCCUAUGAAAAUGCCAAGACUAAGGCUACUCAUAUUCUCAUUCUAAAUUUCUUCAUACCCUGACUAACAAAAGACCUUGGGACAGAACUUUAGUUACUUAUCUAUAAAAAGAGAAGGUUGGACUGGAUGAUACCUCAAGGCCCCUUCAAAUCCUUGGUAUGCAGAAGUUCAUAAUAAGCCAAAUCCCCAUUUCACUUGCACUAGCCCAGCCAUGUCUCAAACUGAGCAACAUCUGGAUUGACUACUACUUUAGGGUCAAUGAUUUUACUCAUUCUGUUGGUCAACCUUUAGUUUCCUUGGAAGUGUGCCUUACAAAGGAUCCAUGACCUCUCCACCAAGCCUACAGCGCCCACCACCCACACUAAAACUGGGGCGAUUGUACUGCAUCAGGGGUUAUGAAAGUUGGUUUCCAUUAGGAUGAAAGAGAUAAAAAAAGAGAUGGAGAGGGAGAGAAUGAAAGAGAGAAAGGAAGAGAAUGAAGAAAAGAAAGGAAGGAAGGGGAGAAAGAGAGAAAGAGCAAAAGAAAAAAGAAAGUAAGAAAGCAAGAGAAAUAAAGGAAGAGAGAAAAAAGGAAGAAAGAAGAAAAAAGAAGGAAGGAAGGAGAGCCAUCUGCUGCUAAAACAGAAACCAUUUCUAGGGGAUGUAUAUAUAUAUAUAUAUAUAUAUAUAUAUAUAUAACUAUAUAAAAGCCAUUUUCUAAAUGUUUCUCAAAAUAGCUUCUAGAAAAACUGUAACUGAUGAUUAAUGGGCUAGAUUGACACUCAGGCAAGAGAAAUCACUAUGCUUUCAGAUAUGCCAGAGAGGCCCCACACUAGGUCCAUAGUUACCAACUUAAUAUUCUUUUUUCUCCUUCCUUCCCUCUCUCUCUCCUCCCACAACCCUUCCCCAGGAGAUCAUAUUUUAAAAACAAAACUAAAAAAAAAUCUGUAGUUUUAUUUUUUGAUAUUUUGAUGGAAUUUGAGGAAGAAGAGAAAUACUGCCAUUUCUUAGAUGGAAUGGAAAAAGAAUGGGAAUAACUGAUUCUCAGUUUCCUGAGGAAGGACAGUAGAUGGGUGAACUAGAUUUUGUCUAGUUCUAUUGUUCCAUGAGUGUCCUAUUCUUAUACAGAUUUGGAGAAAGGGAAAAGGAGACAGAUAAAAGAAUCCUAAUACUGAAGUCAAUUUUCCCUCUGCCCCACUGACACUUAGAGGCAGAUUUGUAGUGUGCCAUUCAGCUGGGAAGAUUCCAGGGUUUCAGGCCACUGCCACCAUCUCCCUGAAUUCUAUCUGGCAAAAGUUCUAAGAGUGCCAUUUGCUGCCCCAAUAAUUUGUAGCAUGGCAUCAAUGGAGUUGGGGGAAAGGGUGCUUAGAAUAAUUUCCUAGAAAGGCCAGAAUGACCAGGGUGCAGAUUCUAGGGUUAAGGACUAGGUUUAAAUUCGAACUGUGCUAUUUUCUUCCUGUAUGGCUUUGAGUAAUUCAUGUUAGUUCUUUGGGUGUGUUUCUCAUAUUUAAAAUAAAGGGGCUAGAUUCUCU